UUGACCUUCCAGUUUGUGUUUGAAAGUGAAAUAAUGCAGAUCGUUUCAUUCUUCCUUGUGAUUUCUGGCGUUUUCUGUGUUAACAACGCCUUGUAUUACGAUUUAUCAUGGGGAUUUGACAAUAAUACAAUUUAUUGGCCUAAUGCAAAAACAUUCAACUUCACAAAAAAAUUAGCAGGAUAUAAUAAGAAAUUUUGGUAUUCGGCAAAUGAAUUUGAGGCGGGAGAACAUGGAGGAACACAUUUUGAUGCCCCGUAUCAUUUCAACAAGGAUGGCUGGAAAGUUGGUGAACUACCAUUCACCAGACUAAUUUCCAAAGGUGCUCUGGUCGACGUAAGUCAAUUAGUACCAGAUACAUUGAACAACUUCGAACUCCUCCCCAUACAUUUGGAGGACUGGGAACGCAAAAAUGGUCCGUUUGAGAGUGACACAAUUCUCUUGAUAAAAUUCGGCCACUCCAAACAUUGGACAAACCGAGAGAAAUACCUCGGACUUAUUGAAGACAAAUUAAAUUUCCCCGGAAUCUCUGAAUCAGCGGCCCAAUGGAUUGUGAAUCGCAAGAAGUUUUACGGUGUUGGUGUCGAUACUGCCAGUGUUGAUCCGGGAAACAGUACCGACUUCAAGGCGCAUCAAAUUUUCGCCAACGCACAACUGUUCAACAUCGAAAACGCGAAAAUUGUUGAAAAAUUGCCAGAAAAGGGUUUUAAACUGUUCGUAUUGCCUAUGAAGAUCGAGGAGGGAACUGGUGCUCCGCUAAGACUUGUUGCGGAAGUUAAUUGAACUCCUAGUGUAUUAAUAAAUAUAUUCUGUAUUAUUAAA